AUGUCAAAUAAUCGCAACAGCUGGUAUUUCAUCAGCAUCUUUGCUCAAGUCAAACCUUCCUUCUUCACACAGUUCAAUGAGAAGGGGAAGGAAGCAUAG